GAAAACGUAGGCAACGCUAAAUUUGAAUUAAAUCACUGCCGCUUAGAAAAAGUGAGUUGGCACAACCUCUUCCUUAGACUCUAGGUAAUGUGAUAGAGAACCUGGGGACGAGGAUGGUGCUAAGAAGCACUUGACUUUUAGUUCGUGUAGAUUGUGUCGUGUUUGUAACAUGAGAAUGUAGAAAUUCUAUACCAAACACAGUGUAAACAGAUCAGACUACUUUCAUUUUUAAAACGUUUUUGGCAGUCGAUAAUCAAACAGAUAAAAGAAGUUGCAAUUGUAAAAAAAGGGAUAAAGACAUGACUUGUUUUAAAUUUGUUCUCUCUCUCUUUUCUGGUUUGUUUCUUCUGCUUGGAUUGGGGUUUGUCAGCUUGUUCACGUGGUUAAUGAUAAAGAAUUCACAGUACGACGCCGUAACGGGAAGCAAGAUCGUGGAUAUUAGCUUCAUGAGUUUUGCUUCUCUCAUAUGCCUUAUCGCAAUACUUGGUUGCUGUGGAAUACACAAAGAAAACGAACGAAUCAUUAAACUAUACGUGAUCCUUAUCUUUACCAUGUUGGUAUUCGAAAUGUCUCUUUUAACUGUAUGGUUUACACAGAAAGAAAAGAUCGAAGUUUUAAUGAAAAGCAGGUGGCAUAAAAUGGGUGAUGAAAAUCGCAUUCGUUUGCAAAAAAAGCUGUCUUGUUGCUCCAUGGACGAUAUUACAACUGACUAUAAUUCAACUAUGCAUUCAUCUUGUUAUGUUAAUGGUACUAUAUCAGCACAUACAACAAAGAAAGAUUGUUUCUCGGCGCUUAUUGAUUACUUGAAAGAUAAGCAAGAGUAUAUUUUUGGAGUUCUUGCAGCGUUAGUAUUUAUAGAGGUAACGAUCAUUGUAUUUAGCUAUUUGUUUCUUUGCAUUUACACUGAUCACGACUUACCAAGAACAUUUAGAAACAAUCACACGAAAGUCGUUCCCAUGCCGUUUAAACGAAGUCAUUUAGCAGGUGAUGUAGAGCUCUGUGAUUUGGAUUAUGCCUUUCCUGCGGACAACUCUAACAAAAGAUAUUGGGCAAAACAUACAAACCGUCAUACGCGACGCGACGAUGGCUAAAUGCAAGAGUAUUUUUCGUCACACGCGACGACGGCAAUCGCCAUACGACACAAGACUGAUGGCUGGCCGCACGAGUAUUUUCUCCUCUUUGCAAGUUAUAUUUUAUGCAUUGUAAUAAAGUUGUCAAAGAAUAGUUUAGCACCUGUAUUAAAUGCUAUUCCUUUCUGUAACAUUAUUGCACGCCUCUUUGCUAAAACACUCAUGAGUGUAUGAAGUAUCUUGUUUGAACGCUAUUCUUUCGUCGUUCAUCUGCGUUUUUUUUCAUAGAUAGUGACGAAAAUUGCUGCUUUCACGUUUAUUGUUUCAGCUAUAGAGACUAUGUUUUUACACUUUUGUAAAAAUUGGGAAAAGAAGAACAGCAUUUCCCGACUUAAAACACCAAAAAUUAGUAUGGUCACCCUAAACGCAACGUGGGCGACCCACAUUUCUGUCUUAGAAAUCUCGAAUAUAUGUACAUAUAUGUGUGUAAUAAUUGUUUUUGAGUCACGAAUCAUAAAUAUAUAUAUUACACAAGCAUAUGGUAGAUAAGGAAUAAUGAAAUAAUUUAAUUGACGAAAAAAUAUCUGCUGCUAUCUCUCUCGUAAAAGACCCCCGCCCAAAAUAUGGUCCUCGAGUCGAACCUGGCCACACGAAAUUGCGCGUCUCGGUGUUCUUUUGACUCGAUAACUCCUCGUAAACAACAAUUUUUCUGUUUUUCGGCAUUUUUAUAGUUGGUUGUGCUGUUUUCACGCUUUCACGUCUGUUCUAUUUAUGUUUUGUGUUUUAUGUUUUCUUUGUAGUGUACCAGAAUUUAUCACAAUGAUAUCUUAUAGCUAGCUAGGUAUAUCUAUAAUCUUAGCCUGUUUUUUAAACAGGUUCUUUAUAUAUAUCUUUUGUAAUGGGUCACAUCGAAAGACCAUCAUCAGAAGAGAGUAAGGUUUACCUGUGAUUGUGACUAGACAAGGGUGCCAACAAGUCGGAAAUGCUUCAUGCAUAAAGAGUAAAACACAAAGUUCCCUUCAUUAUUAUCAAAACAUCAAAGAGAAGAUAUUCUCUUUUGUUCAUGAUAAGUUUAUUAAAGUCUUUUUACUUUUUUCCACCUUGAAUUCUUAAUUAUAUAAGCAGUCCAGGCCAGCCCUACAAGUCAUAUCAGGUGAAAUUUAAUCACAAAGGACCAUUUAUCGUUUAGGACUUGCAGUGUGUUCUCCUCAGAAUAAUGGUUUUAUGAUUAUCCUGUAUUUACGGUAUAUAUCAUGUUAUUUGUUGUGCAUGCCAUUAAAGACAGUGUUGUGUCUGCCCAAUCUUUGAACGCGCCCAGUCUUAAGACUGGACUGCCCAAUCUAUGGACGUAGAUGUCCAAUCUUAGAACAAUUGUGGAAGUCAAAGAGAAAAAUGAAAAUUUUAGACUGUAAAUUGUAAACUGAAACUUUUCUUGGCAAGCCAAAAAAUUAUAUAUAACAUGUAAACUAUUCAAUCAUAUUAGCUGGCUAUAGCUAGCUACUAGCUAAACUUCUCAUCCAACGAAGUUACCAGCUAGCUAGCUAAUUAACAAUAUGGUUGAAUACAAUUUAUCUGAUUCUUCUUAUUUAAACAUUUUGUUUUUAAAAUUUGGCUACUACAAACUGUAUAAGAAUCCUAUAAAUGUAAUACGUGCUAGCUACAACUAGGUUUUACUGUGUCCAAAGUGGCCUGGUCAUUUCAACAGUACAGGCAAAUUUUUUUUUUGUGUACAUACCCCAAAUGUGAUUUUUUUAAUGUGCCUGAGAAUGUUUGUCGGGUUUUGCAAACAACAUAGCUUAUGUAUUACACCCCUUCUAAAUCUAAAGUCUGAAGGUGGGCCAAACAUGGUCUCCUGCUCAAUCUUUUGACACGCUGCCCAGUCUUAAGACUGGCCGGCCAGUCUUAAGACUGGGCAUAUUUAUGUCCAAAGAUCGGGCAGUGUCCUAAGAUUGGGCAGAACAACUCCAUUAACUACGUAUUUAUCAGCCAAAUUGUAUUAAACGUAGCCUUUUUAAGAACUCUACGCAAACAAACUUUUAACAAACUUUGUUUAUGUGCAUGUGCAUGACUUUUGAGAUAAAAAGCUGGAUGUUGUACUGUUAAUAUAACACUCCUUCCACGAGGAAAGGCAUCUUUGGCUUAUGCGUCUCUUGUUGAUAAACGUAUUAAUGUUUGCAUUCUGUGUUUUGCUGACUUAGUCAGUUCCUGAUUUAAAGAUAAAGCAGUAGUGCUUUACUACAACCAAGUAGUAUGUUUUUUAUUUUUAAAGGUGGCAGUAACCCUUUUUCAGCUGUCCAAAUAGCUGAAUUAAUUACUCAGUUUUUUAUUUAUACCAUUUUUUUACUAUUUCCUAGAAAUAUAGGCCUUAAUACAUAAUAAAAUGAUUUUAGCUUAACACUAAAAUUGCUGAGUCAGCAUAAAUUUCUUUUUAAAAAUUAUCAAAAUUAAAGGAAAAAAUCGGCUUCUACGAGCAACUUUUUACAAUCUCAUUAUUUUUCAUCAGCUUCUGUUUUUAAAUGAACCUCGGGUUAACCCUGUUAAAACGGUAUGUGGAUUUUUUUUGUUUAUUCUUAUUUUUUUAACAAUAGCCUUAGCAUCCCCUGCUGCAUCAAACGCUGUUAAAAGAAAAAUAUUCCGAAUAAAAAGAUUUCUGCACACCAUAUCAUGGCUGCAUGAUUCACCAAGCAUGUCUGAAAUUUUUAAAGUAAAAUGCUAUCGAAGGUUAAAGCUCUUGCAGUGUAGCAUAAUGAAGAUCGUCUUAAAUUUCUGAAUAAUGAGCCAUCUUUGUUGUUAUUAACAUUUCUCUUUAAUAAUUACGUCAUUUCUUUCUGUACAAUUUCCCAAGCACGUAGACUUAAACUAUAUUCCGCAGAACUAAUUAAUUAUUCAUGAAUUUUAUUUUAAAGAGAAAUUGUUGAGGCUGAAUAAUUUUGGUGAAAGAUAAUAGUAUUUUAGCCAUAAAAUCGUGACAAGUGUGUUAUAACAGAAAAAAUAUGGAUAUAUAGUCUGAAAAUAACCUUUCGUAAUGAAUGAAUUUCCGAUUUUUGAAAGGGUUACUGCCAACAGAAAAGGGAUUUGAGCUUUUAUGUGUAAGAUUUUGAUGUUUCUUUAAAAUUUAAAACUUGCCCCAAAGCUUCUGGCAUUUCUAGUGUGCUGGAACCCUUGUGCUUGUAAGGGCUCUCAGUAUUCCAUUGCUAUAGAUUAGAGAUUUCCACAGGGGAACCAUAAGCAAGGGUAAGCAGUUUUGAAAUGUGAAGAAUUUAGGGUAAAUGAUAUUAUUGUUAGGAAAAUCUAACUUGCUUGGAGUUAUGUAUAGGUUGUUUUUGGUGAUAGUUAUGCUCAUGUGUAUUGACUAAAUUCAAAUUUGUCACUAUUAAUUAAAGGACAUAUUUCCAAAUUCCUAUUUGUAAAUACUGUCAAGAUCUACUUGCAUUUGUUGUAGAAAUACUGACUGGCUUAUGCUAUCACAGAUGGGGGUGUCAUCAGCAAAAUUAUGUAUAAUGUCGCAAAAAUGAUAGUAGUAUAGUAGACAGCAGUAACUAGCAGUAUUUUGAAGCAACCACCAAAGAACCAGCAGUAUUUUAAAGUAACCACCAGAGAACCAGCAGUUAAUUAUCAAUUUUACUUCAUGUAAGGCAGCAACGAUAUCCCUAAGGUGUGGAUUUUCAUGCACAACACUUUAUGACCUUAAGGGACUGUACGGUGAAAAAUAAUACCUUAUAUCAAUUGUCCUCUACUUGUUAUUAAAGAAAAUCCCCUUCAUUCACUUCAUAUUUUAUUAUCAUGAAAGUAUAACCUCUUUUCCUUAUUUACUACUUCUUACCUUUGGCUCACCACCAUAUAUUUUUUUUAUAACUAAAAUAUGUUCUAUUUUAAUCAAAACGAAACAAAUUCUGAACGCAGAUGUAAAUGUGUCUGACACGAAAGCUUGCAAAUAUGUCUUGACCAUCUUAAGAAUUUUACUGCAUUUCAAAAAUGCGAGAUAGGGGAAUACACAACUGGACCCUCAUCAGAACGCUUUUCAGUACGCCUGUUUUUAUUUGAUAAAAAAUUAUGUGGGUUUUGGUUCAUAAAUUCACAGACAAAGGUAAACCUAAAUACCUCCACACCUUUCCUAUAUCAAAAGCGUAUUUUUAAUCUCCCGCUAUCAUUCAUCUUUCCUCUUUGUAGUUUAUUGUGUUGUGGAGUUAUGUUAUGAAAAUCAAAGUUAUUUUGCUCAAGUAAAUGCGAUAUACAUAAAACUUGACAAAAACUAAUAAUUUUGAUAAUUGUGCUGUUUAAAUAAAAAAUAAAAUAAAACGGGUAAUGUUAAAAUUAAAUAUUCACAAACUUUUUGUUUGCAAUGGCCCAGUUGGAAGUGUGCUGCACUUAGCACUGGUGUGCUGUGGUGCUGGUUAAAAUCCAUAAGUAGGCAUUUUUCUGAAACAAAACUUUGCGUAUUAAGGCUUGUUGAUAUAGUUGGUUGUCAUUUAGUUACAAGUUGCGAAUCAAUACUAUUCUCAGAGACAAGAUAGUAAUAAUGCAGUAAGUGUAUGUUUUUUUUCGAGGAGACUUCAGUCUUUAACCAACUGUUGCACAAAGCUGGGGUCACAACCACACAAACAUUUGUUUUUAAAAAUGCACCUUAUACUGGUAAACUAGUGAAGAAGAUCGUUAUCUUGUGGUUAUAAACUUGUAAAAACUGCUGGUCUGUUGGAGACCUCAUUUUGCUGGUAGUUCUUUGGUGAUUACGUCAAAAUACUACUGGUUCCUACUUUUAGUAGGAUCGUGUAUAUCUCCCUUUUUGUCAGAAAUAUAAAAGAUUCAUAGAUUUUGCCACAUGAACAAUUAUUUCAAUUUUAAUACAGACAAUGCAAUAUAAGUCAACUUUGUCAAGCAAAAUGGUUGAGAUACACUGACUGCAUCAACAAUAUAACCCUUUGAAAGAUGCUGAAGAAUAAUGUUGUUGUAUGCUAGUGAGGCAGGUGUCCUAAAAACCAUGUUGUUUUGGAUUAGAAAGGUUGUUUCUCCAUUAAAUUGACUAUAGUUUGGAUUUUUGGGAUUUUUCAAGAACCUUCAUAAUAUGGAAGGUGAGUGCAAUGAAUCAGUAUUUGCAGGUGUGGAGUGACAUUGGAAUAUUUGCAUCAAAUGUAGGAAACUGUAAAGUGCAAUGGUUAAUGGCCGAUAUAUGAGAGUAUGGAUAUUUAUAAAACCAGUCAAACUUGACAAGCUGAUUGGCUAAUGUUUUAAAAAACUUGUAGGGAAAAAUUUUGGCAUAAAAUUCCAUUGUCUAUAUAAUAAGUCACAGACAGAACUGGCAUAUGCCAGUUCUGUCUGUGACUUUCGCAAAGUGGAUAUAAAGUCAUCAUCAUCAUCAUUCUCGGCUUAACGUCCGUUUUCCAUGCUAGCAUGGGUUGGACGGGGUAUAUUAAUGACCCUCUUCCAAUCUGAUCUAGACUGUGUUAGAUCUAAACUCAACUUCCUCUCUAUCAAGUCUGUCCUUAUAACCUCCUGCCAAGUCUUUCUCGGUCUGCCUCUGGGCUUUGCCCCAGGAACUAUCAAGUCUCUACACUUUCUUACCCAAUUAUCCUCCUCCAUUCUUUCCAAGUGCCCCAGCCAAUUCAAUCUUCUUAUCUGGAUAACAUCUUUAAUUCUUUGGAGACUUAGCCUGCUUCUUAGCUCAUCUGAACUCUUUCUGUCUCUCAGACUGGCAUUACACAUCCACCUAACCAUUCUCAUAUCAUUCCUUUCUAAACGGUCAAGAUCUUCCUGCUUCACUGCCCAUGUCUCACUACCGUACAACAUAACACUUCUUACACAAGCCUCAUACAACCCACCUUUUACCUCAAUUGACAGGACUCUGCUAGUCAAUAAAGGAAGUAACUCUCUAAACUUUUUCCAAGCAGAACCUAUCCUGCAAGUAACACUUCUUCCAACACCCCCUUCACUGCCCAACAUAUCACCUAAGUAACAGAAGUUCUUAACUAUCUCUAGCGAGCCACUGUUGUACAUCAUUAAAGCUGGAAAUACUUCAUUCUCUAUAAUCUCACCUUUGCAACGCUUGCAUACAAACUGUAUGUCAGCUCUUAACCUUCCACUAAUACUACUGCACUUCUUAUGUACCCAAUGCUUGCAAGUCUGACAAAAAAUUGAGUUACUACCAACCCCUUUCCUGCAAACUCCACAAGGCCACUUUCCAACUACAAGGUCACACUUGGCUGCAAUGCUACUUAUCAUGACUUUAGACUUUGCUGUGUUUACCUUCAGCCCUUUCUCUUCUAGCCCUUUCUUCCACUUCUUAAACUUUUCAACUAAUUUUUCCAUAGACUCUGCUAUGAGAACCAAAUCAUCUGCAUGCAAUAACUCCCAUGGACAACCUGUUCUGAACUCCAUGGACAGCGCUUCUAAGACUAGAAUAAACAACAAAGGACUAAGUACAGAACCCUGAUGUACACCAACAUUUACACUAAAUUCAUCACUAAGUGAAUCGUUAAUCCUGACACGACUUCUAGCAUUGCUGUACAUAGACUGUACCAUCGUAACUAGCCACUCAUCCACACCUAAUUUUCUCAUAGCCCACCAAAUUACUUUACGUGGCACUCUAUCAAAAGCUUUCUCUAAAUCUACAAAGACAAAAUAGAGAUUCUUUCUCUUUCCUAAAUACUUUUCCUGAAGCUGUCUGAGUAAAAAUAUUGCAUCUGUAGUGCCACGCCCUGGAACAAAACCAAAUUGCAUCUUAUCUAUAUUAAUUCUUUCUCUAAGUAACUUAUCAAUCACUCUUUCAAUAACUUUCAUUACUUGAUCAACCAACUUCAAACCUCUAUAGUUACCCCUUUCUAAUGCAUCACCUUUUCCCUUGAAACAAUUCACUAUUGCACUCGACUGCCACUCACUCAGAAUAGCACCAUCCUUUAUAAUCUGGUUAGCAAGACUUGUAAUAAGCUCAACUCCGAUAUAUCCAGAUGCUUUUACCAUCUCUGCAACAAUACCUGAUACUCCUGCAGCCUUGCCAAUCUUUAAUUUCCUAAUAGCCUCCACUACCCAUUCUGUCUUGAUCUGCUGGCCCUUCUACGACAUCAUCAUAAGACAAAUUAUCCUCGUCCCAAUCAAACUCAGUGUUAAGCAACCUCUGAUAAUGAUUCUUCCAAGCUACCCUUUUCUCCUCCUCUGUGCUAGCCAAAACACCUUCAUCAUUACGUAUACACUUCUCACCUACAAUGUCUUGAUUAGUCUUCUUCAUUUGCUUUGCUAUCUUGAAUACCUCAUUGCGCUGGUCUUCCCUUCUUAACACAUC